AUGAGCUCGCAGAUUUCAGAGUUCAACCCUAAGAAGCAAAAAGUAGUGGUAUACGCACAAUACUGGGUUCCUGGUCUUGUCGGUGGAGACAAGAGUUUGAAUGAGGCUAAGGAAGAUGACAAGGAAGUGUUCUCAGUGCUGGAGGGCUUUUUCAGGGGACUGAUGAUCGGAGAAGGAGAGGUCACCAUUUCUGGACGGAAUAAUAAUGGUAAAGUCGACUACUUCUGUGUGAAAAUGGGCGAAUAUGAGAGAGGGUCGAUGCCCACGGUUGAGCAAGCGAAGGAGAGGGUGUAUUCGAUAAUUCAAGAGUUGUUGAAUUCAUCGAGACGUGUGGACGACAUUGAGAUGUAUUACCGGAGGGGUAUUUUUUGA